AUGAAGCUCGCUACGACGCUGCUGGCUCUCUGGUGCCUGCAGGCCUGCGCCUCGGCCCCGGGGAGCCGCCCGGACAACGGGCUCAGGCAGUGUCGCGCCUCCACCAACCUGAGCAUCACCGCUCUGGAGGUGCUGCCGGGCGGCGGCUGGGACAAUCUCCGCAACAUGGACAUGGGUCGAGUCGUGAACCUCAGCUAUUCCCAGUGUCAGACCAGCGAGGACGGGCUCUACCUCAUCCCAGAUGAGGUGUUUGUUAUCCCGCACAAGGAGACCGGCAUCGAGACCAACUCGGAGAUAAUCAGCUCCUGGCUGGACCAGAAGAGUUGUACCUCUAACAGUAUAAAUGCUGACAUAUCAAUUGGCUUGGGUAAUGUAAAGUUGAAUGGAAAGUUUUCUUUUGAGAACAUGAGGAUGAAAACUCAUCAGGUCCAGGACUCUUCAACUGCAACUAGAGUGCAGGUCCGCAACUUCAUCUACACAGUUAAGGCCUACCCAGAUUUUACUCUGGAUUCACGCUUCGCGUUUCAAGUUAAAGAUAUAGCUGAUGCAAUUGAGAACAACCAGACAAAGAAUGCAGAUUAUCUGUCAGAGAGGCUGGUCCUGGAUUACGGAACUCAUGUCAUCACGAGUAUCAGUGCCGGGGCUUCUUUGGUACAGGAAGACUACCUCCGCUCUUCAUACGUGUCCGACGGUAGCUCAGACAGUACCACUGUCAAAGCCUUAGCUGGAUUCAACUUUUUUGACAAGAUCAAGUUUGAGAUAAGCAGCCAGAAUAACCAACAGAGUUCAUCACUCCAGACAUACCAGUCCAACAUUCAAUACUCACUUAUGCAAAGCCAUGGGGGAAUUACUUUUUAUCCUGGUAUCACUCUGCAGAAGUGGCAGGAAAACACCAGGAACAAUCUGGUUGCUAUCGACCGCUCAGGAUUUCCCCUCCACUACUUCAUACACUCAAGAUCUUUACCUGAUCUGCCAGAACCCACAGUAAAAAAAGUGGCUCAUACCUUGAGUCGGGCCAUAGAUCGCUACUACCAGGUCAACACCCGCCCUGGAUGUGUGGACAUUAGCUCGGACAACUACAACUUCCAGGCCAACGUUGAUGACCAGUCCUGUGUGGGUCCGGACACCAACCUCAGUUUUGGGGGCGUCUACCAGGAGUGUGUUGCACUCAGCUCAGAUGCAGGUCCACUUUGUGAUAAAUUGACUCAGAAAAACCUCGACACAGGAAAUUUCUCCUGUCGCUCACCUUACUCCCCAACCUUGCUGCGCUCAGAGGAGAUACAGCAGAGUUACACGUCUUACGACUGCCAUACGGAGAGUUAUAAAUGUGGAUUUUUGUGGUUGAAAACUUGCCAUAGAAAGCUGUGCCAGCACGUGUACCAUGUUGGCUCUGCUCGUAUCAGGACCAACUGGUGCUCUAUGGAUGGAAAAGGCCCAGCCAACUCGGGUUACCUGUUUGGAGGAAUCUAUAGCCCCUCACUUCUGAACCCCCUCACCAAAGCUAAAAGCUGUCCCGCAAACUUCAUUGCAGUAAAAUUUCUCUCAGAUGGUCUAAUGAUGUGUGUGAGUAACGACUAUGAGGUCGGAAGCAAAUACGCAGUCCCAUUUGGAGGGCUCUUUAGCUGUGAGGCAAACAACCCCCUGGCCAACAACCAACGCAGAUGCCCUCCCAAGUUCAGUCAACACCUCGCUACAGUGAGCGACGGAUGUGAAAUUCUUUACUGUGUCCAGUCCGGACUGUUCACAGGUGGGGACCUGCUACCGAUCCGCCUGCCUCCGUUCACUGAACCCGCACUUGUCAGCAUGCAACUCACCAACACGGUGAUGGUGAUGACCGAGGGAGAUAAGAGCUGGGUCAGAGUGGGGCAGACCAAAGCAUGGAAACUUGUCAAGCCAGAAGAAAUGAAGGACAUCAUGCAACAGAUUUACCCAGAAUUAAAUCAGAUGUCAAGUGGGGAAAAGGCAGGGGUAGCAUUUGGAGUGAUAGGUAUAAUGGCUCUGAUUGCCAUAGUGGGUGUGAUUGUAAUGAGGAAGAGAAGGGGGAUGUCUGGAUUGAGGAGAGGUAGUUAUGUGGAAAUACAGCAGGAAGUGGAAAGGCAGACAUACCAAGAUGAAGCUUAAAAACAGCUUAGACCGUAGGGGCUUGGCCGCCAUAGACAUAAUAUGAGAGAUUAUGUUUUAAACUUCCUCAUUGAUCGCAGCACUAUUAAUCCGUAAAAUAGAACAUUUUCAUAUGAUUAAAGGCUUAUCAUGAUUCAUGAUACUUG